AUGUCAGAUCCUUCAUCCAAGCCACCCUCUAUCCCCUCAUGGCAACGGUCACGAUCGGCGCCAACCGAGCAGUCGCCCUUGGCCUCGUCGCUAAGCUCCGAUGAUGCGCCCGCGUCCACUUCAAGGCAAGACCUGGUCGAGCAGGCCUCUAGGUUCCUCGAAGACGAAUCCAUCCGUGAUGCCCCAACAGAUCGCAAGGUUUCUUUCCUUGAGUCUAAAGGUCUGAACCCCGACGAGAUCCAACAACUACUCGGCGUCUCCCGAAACCCUGAGGCGACCAGCAGCAGCACGAUUGCAACCGAGGAUAAGGGCCCUGAAACACCAUCAGCCUCCUCAUUGCCCUCCAACCGGUCCGAAGACACUCCUCCCUCUUCAGUCACUUCUUCGUCGCCAUCCAACACCAUGUCUCAGCCGCGCUCGACAACUGCCGCCACCGCCUCUUCCGCAGCACCGCGCGAUGUGCCUCCGAUCAUCACCUACCCUGAAUUCCUCUUCCAGCCCGCCAAGCCACCCCCGCUGGUAACUAUGCAGAAUGUCCUGUAUACAAUAUAUGGCGCCGCAGGUCUCGGCGUCACAAUAUACGGCGCGAGCGAGUACUUGGUGAAGCCGAUGAUUGCAACCCUCACCAGCGCACGGCACGAUCUGGCCAGCACAGCGCAAGAGAACUUGAAGAAGCUGAAUGAGAAGCUAGAAGAAAAUGUCUCCGUCAUCCCGGCGCACCUGACUGCGCGUAAGACCGCGUCCAACGAAGAGGACGAAGAGACCAACGAAGACGGUGACUCAGUCUUCUCCGACCCGACAGAGCUCUUCCACCGGGAUAUUGGCACUCAGACAACACCCGACGUCGCUCCAUCUACCACCAUGGAGGCAGAAGAUGAGAAAGUUUCUCUUCAGGGGCCGGUGGAAGCAGUGAACAACCAUAUAAGCCGCCUGGAUUCGAUCCAAUCUCAGCUCAAGGAGAUUAACAAUUUUGAGAAAGAUUCGAGUGACCUCGACGACUCGGCACGAGCCUGUAUCACCGAUCUUCACCACUACCUUGACGGACUGAUUUACUCUUCGCCCAGGCAUACUAUCUCGACGCCUUCGUACGGUCUGUACAGUAACAAUGCAAGCAACGGUAGCAGCUCGACCGGUGUGCGCAAGUCUGAAGACGACGCCAUCGCCAGCUUCAAGGCGGAGAUUCGCGGUGUCAAAGGUGCCUUGUUGAGUGCCAGGAAUUUCCCUGCUAGUCGAGGUGGCAGACUUGGUGGUGUGCGGUGA